CGGAGGAGGGGCUUGCAAGUACCCUGACACUGGAAAUCACAGGGUCACAGCUCAAUACUCACCGCUGCCUGGCAAGCUGAUGGUGUGGCAGGGUUUGCCUUAGCAUAUUUCCCUGCCUCACAUCCUAGCCCAGCUCUGGACUGACCUGUCCAGCUGCCCUUCUCACUCACUGGGAUAAGCUGUCUCUUAUACCUGCCAGUGACUUGGCUGCCUUCCUAGCAGACAGGGUCUCCCUGGCCUGUGUGUUCCUUCCGCUUGUGGUCCUGAAGACCUUAAAGGCAUCCUUCGGCUGGGUGUUGGCAUUGGGGAGCAACCUGCAGUAUCUUGAGGUUCAGGCUGUGUGAGCAAGCCCAGCCUUGGAAUGGGGCAGCUUGGUACCCUGGGGGCUUCUCAGAAGGUCCUGGAAUAGCUGUCCUUGUCCUCUGUGGUUCUGCCGGGUCUGCAUUUCUUGCUCCCUGUCAAAUUUAGCCACAGGGUGUGCAUUCGAGCAGAGUCUAGAGUCCAAGAGCCCUUGAUCCACCUGGACUGUGUCAUGUAUCAGCCGUGUGACAUUGGACUCCACCUGGCUGCCCUGAGACUCAGUUUCCUCAGUUGGAAGGUGGGGGGAGGUGGGACGGGACAGGAUAUGUGGCCCCUGCUUCACAGAAUUGUGGUGAGUUGGUGAAAGAACUCAGCACACACAUGCUGCCCAGGCUGUGGCCGCGCCGGGAGCUGGAGCCCGCUGUACUUUAUGGUGUGGUGCUUAGAAAGGAACUACACUCUGCCUCGUGGGAGGAGGAAAAGAUGUCACUAUUUCUAGGCGGAGGCUUGCAGAUUUUGUUCAGCACCUGGCCUGUGUGUUUAAAGAGGCUGAGAAAGAGGCAGAAUACCCGACACUGGAGGAUGACGCAUGCGUAACCUAGGCCCUAGGCCCCUCGGGUCAACAUGGCCAGGCUGCUGCCUUCCUCUCUCUCGGCUCAAGCCCUGUGGAGGGACCCUCUGGUAUGAGUGUCCCUGUCCUGCUGGGGUGUGGACGGUGCCCAGGACCCAGCCAACCACCAGCUGAAGACAUCCUGCGUGGAAGCCCCUGGCCCCGUGGGCUCCCACCCAGGCACCGACGCUGCAAUGGCGUUCCGGCGUGCCGAAGGUGUGUCCAUGAUCCAAGCGCUGGCCAUGACGGUGGCUGAGAUCCCCGUCUUCCUCUACACCACCUUUGGGCAGACUGCAUUCUCACAGCUACGACUGACGCCGGGCCUGCGGAAGGUCCUCUUUGCCACGGCCCUGGGCACAGUGGCCUUGGCCCUGGCUGCCCACCAGCUGAAGAGGCGUCGGCGGAAGAAGAAGCAGGCGGGGCCUGAGGUGGGAGGCCAGCAGCUGGGCGCGGUGCCCCUGCCCUUCGUUCUGGCCCGGAAGGCACCGUCGGUGAAGAAAGGCUACUCCAGCCGCAGAGUGCAGAGCCCCAGCAGCAAGAGCAAUGACACCCUCAGUGGCAUUUCCUCCAUCGAGCCCAGCAAGCGCUCAGGCUCCUCCCACAGCCUGGCCUCGAUGAUGGCAGUGAACUCGUCCAGCCCUACAGCUGCAUGCUCCGGACAGUGGGAGGCCCGCGGGCUGGAGGAGCCGAUGCCCGCCACCAACGGCAGCGCCGAGAGCCUCUACGUGCAAGGCAUGGAACUGUUCGAGGAGGCGCUGCAGAAGUGGGAGCAGGCGCUGAGCGUGGGCCAGUGUGGGGACAGCGGCGGCACCCCAACACACGGGGACAGCCUGCGGCACCCGGAGACAACUUCCGAGGCCCUGUCAGAGCCAGAGUCACAGCGGCGGGAGUUUGCGGAGAAGCUGGAGCUGCUGCUGCACCGCGCCUACCACCUGCAGGAGGAGUUCGGCUCCACCUUCCCCGCUGACAGCGUGCUGCUUGACCUGGAGCGGACUCUCAUGCUGCCCCUGACCGAGGGCUCGCUGCGAUUGCGGGCUGACGACGUGGACAGCCUGACCUCCGAGGACUCCUUCUUCUCAGCCACUGAGCUCUUCGAGUCCCUGCAGGCUGGAGAUUUCCCAGUGCCGCUCUCCAGACCCGCUGCUGCCUACGAGGAGGCCCUGCAGCUGGUGAAGGAGGGCAAGGUCCUCUGCCGGACCCUCCGGACCGAGCUGCUUGGCUGCUACAGUGACCAGGACUUCCUGGCCAAACUGCACUGUGUCCGGCAGGCCUUUGAGGGGCUUCUGGAGGACCCAGGGAAUCAGCUGUUCUUUGGGGAGGUCGGCCGGCAGAUGGUGACAGGGCUGAUGACCAAGGCCGAGAAGCCGCUGCCGGCCGGUCCCUGUGGACUGUGCAGCCGGGGCCUCUGGACUCUACCAGCCGGAACAGGCUGCUUCUCCCCACAGAGCCCCAAGGGCUUCCUGGAGAGUUAUGAGGAGAUGCUGAGCUACGCCCUGCGGCCCGAGACCUGGGCCAGCACACGGCUGGAGCUGGAGGGCCGCGGGGUGGUGUGCAUGGGCUUCUUCGACAUCGUGCUCGACUUCAUCCUCAUGGACGCCUUCGAGGACCUGGAGAACCCGCCAUCCUCUGUGCUCGCUGUGCUGCGGAACCGCUGGCUGUCUGACAGCUUUAAGGAGACGGCCCUGGCCACUGCAUGCUGGUCAGUCCUGAAAGCCAAAAGGCGGCUCCUAAUGGUGCCUGAUGGCUUCAUCUCCCACUUCUACUCCGUAUCGGAGCAUGUCAGCCCCGUGCUGGCCUUUGGCUUCCUCGGCCCCAAGCCGCAGCUCACAGAAGUCUGUGCUUUCUUCAAGCAUCAGAUCGUGCAGUACCUGCGGGACAUGUUCGACCUGGACAACGUGCGUUACACCUCGGUACCCGCGCUGGCUGAAGACAUCCUCCAGCUGUCCCGGCGCCGCAGCGAGAUCCUGCUGGGCUACUUGGGGGCACCGGCGGCCAGCAGUGUCAGCCUCAACGGGGCACUGCCCCGCGGGAACGGACCCCCAGUGGAGCUGUAGUAGCUGCAGGCACAGGCUGGAGGGGACCUGGCUGUCCAGGUCCCACUUGCACUGGUGACGGUGACAGCAGAGUCGCUGUGCCCCCUCUGGGUGGCAGCCAAGCACCAGGGCAGCCGAGGGCAGUGUUCACCAGUGAGGGUGGAGCCCCAAGGCUGGGGCCCUGGAGGACUCCAGGGACAGCAGGAGAGGAAGGUCCUGGGGAAGGGGGCAUUGAGGACAGUUGGAUCCAGAAGAGCCAGGGCCCCAGGAGGAUGGUGGUAAGGAGGAGGUGGCGGGACUCUUGAGUGCCUGGCAGCUGUGUGUCUCAGACCGGGUUGUCUGCAGGUCCCACCCUGGCUACCACCCCAGAGUCUGCAGCUACUGCAGGGUGGGGGGAUGAGCAGGUGGCCCAGGCCCUCCAGGGUGGGACUGAGGUGGCUCUGUGCCCCAGGCACCACCCAAGUACUCUGCCCUCCUCUCCCGCCCCUGCCAAAGAUGUCAUCCUACCACCUCUGCCACCAAAGGGGGUCCCCUCCCCUGCCACCUCUUCUGUGAACCUGAAAGUUCCUGGGUGGUGCUGAGCUCAGAGCUGGGGCUGGGACCAGGGCCCCCUUGGCCCCAUCACCUGUGUUGCCAUCGGCUGCCCCAGAGUGAGGGUCCCAGGGACCAUGGCGGGGAGGCCAGGGUGUUCACAGAUGGACCAGGUCCCUGUCACUGGGGCCAGAAACUGCCUGACGCUUCACCUUCUCGCAGUGGGGAAGGUGCCUGGUGUGGGGCUGGGCCACCUGGCAGCCUUGGUCAGUGUGGCUGCAGGGAUCCUGCCAGUGUUCUUGCCGGAGCCACAGUUUUAUUUAUUGCCUUAACACUUUUCUCGGAGGUUCUGCCCCUUCCGGGUUCCAGGACACGUGGGAGAAGCAGAGGCCUCUUCCAGCCUGGAGCGGGAAGGGCUGGCUGGGGGCUGCAGAAGGUCCCCGCCAUGAGGGCCCACAGGCGUGAGCGUGGCUCCUCCCCCGCGGCAUCCCACAUUCCGUUUCUUUGCACUUAGCACUCUGAGAGUGGCCCACUUGGUUUGCCCCUUACCAGAAGGCAUUUUCCCUGCCUUUGUUUACACCGCAGCUUGCACACGCAGUUUCCACCUGUAUUGGGCAGAGCGCCCCGUCUACCUAAGUCAAAUAAAAGAUUGGGCCCA